UAUGACGGCGUAUUUCCGUUUCCGUGUCCUUGGUAACACGUAGUGGCAUUCUCGCUGCAAAAGUGUCAAGCAAAAAUGGCAAAAAUAAGUAAGGAGACCAAACAGCGACUCCAGCAGCUGUUUCAAUGCGGACAGUUCGCCAUUCGAUGGGGUUUUAUUCCAACCGUGCUGUACUUAGGGUUCAAACGAGGAGCAGAUCCAGGAAUGCCAGAGCCAUCAGUCUUGGGCUUACUUUGGGGUUGAGGAGCGACAGCGUCCACACCAACACCCCCCUCCUGAAAGCCACAACAACCACCUUGUAUUGAACAUUUAUUUUCCACAUUCUGCUCAGAAAUGUACACAAAAAUGCUUUAAAUUAUAAAAUGUAAGCAUAUUAAAAAUGGGCUAGUGGGGCUGAAUCCAGGUUUUCAUUUCUGUCUAUUUAGUAGCCUGACACCAGUCGGCAGGAACGAGUGUCUUGUCCAGGGAAAACAAGACAACAAAAGUAUUUAUAAAAAACGAGCCUGGCGGGGCGUGGUAGGGUCUCUCCAUCAUAGCUGUUAGACUAGCUAGCAUCCUCCUGUUGCCCAUUCAUUUGUUGUGAUGUCAUUCUAUACUUGCGUUUGCCCCGUUUUCAUGUUUUUCUCAAUAAAUGUCUGACAAAGGA